AUGUUCGCCAGCACCGGACUUUUGUGCUGGCUGCGGUCGCCGUCCGAGGGCAAGUGCCGUAGCCGUAGUCCACAGGCUACGGGUACGGGUCCGUACCUCCAGCAACAACCUUAUGGUGAUGGCAACACAGUCCCUCGCAUUCUCAAGUUUUUGCGAACCAUUGACCUGGACGAACCCCUCCAGAAGACCUUCUGUUUCCCUCCUGUGAAAGACCCCAUUUCCCAGGACAUUGAUCACAUCCUGGAAACUCAAAGUGCUCUGGCCAUUGACCUCGGAGGAACCAACCUCAGAGUGGCUAUUGUCUGCAUGAGGGGCAAGGUCGUGAAGAAAUACACUCAGCCCAAUCCAAAGACUUUUGAAGCUAGGAUGCAUCUCAUAUUAAAAAUGUGUACAGAUGCCAUGCGGGAUGCUGUGUGCCUCAACUGUAGACGCGGCAUGAUGCUGUUCACUGGACUAACAAUGGUGGCCUUUUUUGGGCCUUUAUAUAGGCCUUCAAAACCCAUUCUCAAAUUGUGCAGAUACUCACUGAGUAUUGCUUGGUGUGUAUUUGGUUCACUUUUGCAAAGUGACCAACCCAUGUGCAAUGAAUCAUGACAAAAUGACAACUCAUCAUUAUCUGAACUACCAGGGCACUAGAUCAUCAGUAAAUCCACAAUGAAUAAUUACAACCCCCCUACAAGUAGAAUUCUGCGUACAUUUCUACCUCAAAGUUUCUAUUGACUGUCAGUAUACAUUUAGGAUGGGGACAGUCAGUGGCUGUUCUGUUGGGUUGUACAACAUUUUUAGAUGCAUUUGCAUAUUUGUAUCCACUCUCUUUGCUUUCUAAAAUGCCAUGUGAUUAAAAAUAUGUUGUCGAAAAAAUAUACAAGAUACAAAUCUAACUUCUCCGUGUCUUCUUCUCUGUUGCAGCCUCCACAGCAUUAGGGGUAGGCAUCAUCAACAUCCUCCACAUAGUCAACCCUUCACUGGUGAUU